CAGACUCCGCGCCGUAAGACACGGGGAGAGAGAAAAGGCAAAGUCAAAGAGCGAUCGCCGAGAGCACGGAGUAGGGGAAUCAAAGUGCGCGUAUCUGUCAGUAUAGCCGGACACUCGGUCUUCAUCACCGCGGGGACCACAUCGUCUCCGUAGGCUACUUUGCCUUCACCUAAGAAGUGGAACCAUGACGAUACGCUGUCAAUCUUACGCGUUCGUGCUCCUGGCGGCUUCUCUCUCCGCCGGCGUGCUGCUGGUGAAUGCUGCACCCCAGCAAGAGUCGUCGUUUGGACUUGGCGCCUUGGGUAAAGCGUUUCGCUCCAUUCGUCGCCUGUCGUUCCUGCCCACGAGAACGCUGCGAGCGUUCCGACCCGGCGUGCAAUCGAACCCCCAACUGUCUACGAGUUCGCCAAUUGGCGACGCUGCCCGCUACCUGGACUCCACGGGUAAAGUUUUCGACUCAGUUGUUCCAGGGAAAUUUGCCGAGAAGCUACUGCCCAAGUUCGACGGCGAGAAAGACCAGGUGUGCUACGAGUACGUGGGCUGCUUCACCAACCGGGACAGGUUCACACACCCGACCUCGUUCCCCAGCGAUCCGAAGUCUGUGGACACCAAAUUCCUGCUUUACUCGCGCUCCAACCGGCGCUCGCCCGUCAAGCUCGACUACCGGCCCAGCAAGAGGCUCGGCCGCCUCGCCCAGUUCGAGCAGCGCAAGCCACUCAAGCUCAUCGUGCACGGCUUCCUCGAGAACGGCAAGGCCAGCUGGAUGCAGGACAUCAAGGACGCAUUCCUGGACCUGGAGGACUGCAACGUGAUCGUCAUCGACUGGAGCGGUGGCGCGCAGCAGCUCAGCUACAUCAAGGCGUCGGGCAACACGGCGCUUGUGGGCCGCGAGGCAUCGCUGCUCGUGCAGCGACUCAUCGAGACGCACCGCGACACGCUCACCCCGGACCAGGUGCAUAUCGUGGGUUUCAGCCUGGGAGCCCAGAUCUCCGGCUUCUUCGGCAGACACUUCAAGAACAGCACCGGGACGCUCAUCCCACGCAUUAGCGCUCUGGAUACGGCCGGACCGCUGUUCGACAACACAACCGUGUGCCUCUCCGAAAAGGACGCCCGCUACGUCGACGCGAUCCACACAAGCGGCGGCAAGGCUAUAGUGGUGGGCGAACUGGGCAUCGACCGGCAAGUCGGCCACGUCGACUUCUACCCCAACGGCGGCAAGAAGCAACCAGGGUGCAAGCCACUCGAUCUGCCAUGCGAUCACUUCCGGGCUACUGCCUACUUCCUCGAGUCCCUCCGCAACAAGCGGUGCCGCUUCGUGUCCAUCCCGUGCGACGGAGGCUACCGGGCACUGGAGCAGAACAAGUGCCAGUCGCGCGGGCCGCAAGGCCUCAUGGGUUACUUCAGCGACAGGGCUCCUGGGAGGGGCGUCCAGCUGCUCACCACCAACGAGAAGUCCGAAUACUGCAAGGCAUAGAGCUCUCAUUCGUCGUCGUCUUUUCUCCAGCACGGAAGCGCCGAUGCUCGGGACUGCGUAGUCGAGCCCUCUUCAAUCUGCCUGCACUGUCCAGACUUUCAGAGCAGUUCAAUGCCAGCACGACCGUCGUCGCUUGCGGUGACUCUUGUCGCGACGUCUCAAACCGGACAAAGCCAAAGCUUCUCCUUUAUACCCUUGUCCCUCGAGUGCAGCGAGGGCCCUGAACUGAAAUCGCACGGAGCGAAAAGUUAGCGUGCGCGCAAAGCAGGGGCAGCGAAGCUGCAGCAGCGAGUAAUUAAGCCGGAAAAUCAAGUGCCUUGAAGUGGAUCCUCCACGCCAGGUAAAUGGAAGAGAUCUUCGGCAUGCGCGUGUACACCAAGCCCUGUGUGUGUGAGCGUCCAUUAAUUACUCGUGUUAUGUCGACUGUACUAAGCUCAUGAAUAACUGAAAUAAAAAAAAGAAGCGGCGUAGAAGAGUGACUGGUUUCUCGUUAAUACGGUAAGAAUAGAAGAAUGACCUCACAAAAUGACAAUUUGGGCGAGUUGGUGUGAAUUCGUGGUUACCAAAGCGCGAGUUAAGGGACAAAGACGACAAAACACGUAAAAGGGCUCGUCCUCUGUUCUUCUGUCGUCUUUUUUUUUUUUUCCUUUCGUGCUUUCCUAACCUUGAGAAGAACGACCCGAUGGGCAGUAAAAAAAAAUGAACUUGUUUACUUGGUCAACAAAUCUUCGAUGACCUGCGCGUAUGUAUUCGUAAUUCGCAAGAAAUAAAAGUGCUAGCUUGCUCCCACAGUUAAGCCAUUCGAUCGCACUUUAUCUGAAAGGCCGACAACAUUGUGCGAGAAGGUUCGAACACAGCUCGGCUUCGCAACGUAACGAAGGGAUCACACGCAUGGAUGGUCGAGUCACAAGCGCUGCUUGCACCGAUGUAGCUAGGCUUCCUCGAAGGAAAGCAAAAGUAGCCCAGUAACACCUUAUAAUUUGUUUAUUUUGCGCUUAAAUACAUUAAUAAGGGGUAUUGCACAAGCAGGGGUAGGGGGAUGAAUAUGCAUACAAAUAUAUGUGAAAAUAACUCGGAUUACAUUCAGGUGAACUAUUCCAUAGAAAGUAUAUGUCGUGGAAGCAAUGUGACUAGAAAGAAAGUGAAAUGUAAUGAUUGAGGCCGACAUCGUCACCGUCAGCAAUGCUUUAAAAAAACACAAAUAAGCCUAAAGCUUUAAACGUUGUCGACCUGUUCCACAUCUUCUAGAGGUAGGUGUAAGCAUUACGUGCGAAUUUACUGCAUCGCCAUCAAACACGCUAUCGGAAUGCAUUUCCUAAUAAGAAGCGCACCACUCUAGUUGGAGGAUUUACGCCAGUGAAGGGUUGGAGCUGGGCGUACUAUGUAUACGUGUGCCUCACAGAAACAGAAAUUGUGAGAAGGUCUCGCAACCAACUGGCAUUUUUAAGUAAUCAUAUGUCAUAGUUAAAACCGAUUCCGAAAUCCCGCAGUUCCUCUCCUCUUCACAAUGAAGUAAUUGCACCGUCUCGCCUAUUCAAUACGUUUCGACGAGAAAAAGAAAGUUCAUAAUUUGGUUCAAACCAUUUGAAUUAUGAUAGCAUCCGCCUUCGUCUUGUACUCAAAGCAUUUUGUCCACUUAGGAAAUUUAUGGUUCACGCAAUGAGUUAUAAUGUUCUAUAUUACGAGUAUUGCUUGUUUUUAUAUAUGGUGCGUGUACUGGCACGAUAAGCUGGAUUCUACUUUGAAGAGAACUUUAUGGUCUGUUAUGCAUUAAGUAUCCUCAAUUUCGAAAAGAAUAUGUUCGCUUACUGUCACGUCAUGUUCUUCUUUUAGGAAUAAAUAAAUUGUGAUUGAUGAA